ACCGUCUUUCAGUUGCAGUUGAUACCCUCUCAGUAGGCGAAUCUUUAAUUGGAAAAAGACGCUUACAUCAAAAGGAGGCGACUUUGAGUUGGGUUUUUUCAGACCAGUGGUAGCAAAGGGUGCUCAAUAUGGGAUGGAGAGUUGUUAAAUCUGAAACUUUCAGAUGCUGACCCUGGCGGAAGAGAUCUCUUAUCUCAAAUUUUCUAAAUUUUCUUUGGCAGGCAAGAAGAAAUCAAUAUGACGAAACCUCACUAUAAUCAUUCCUGUCAUGGCUUCAGCUGCAUGUGCCAUAUGUGUCUUCGGCUACUUGUUCAGUAGGAUGGCUGAUCAAAGAGGAACUAUGCAAAGAUCACUGAAAAGAGUCAAAAGAAUACUGAUUGGUUUCAAACACAUUCCAGAAGAUUCUGCAAAUAAAAAAUUGUUAAAAGAUGGUGUACCUAACGGAGAAGAACCUGAAUUACGGCUGUAUGACUUUGCUGGUAUAGCCGAUGCAACCAACAACUUCUGUUCAACGAAUAAGCUUGGAGAGGGGGGUUUUGGGCCAGUGUAUAAGGGAAAAUUACAAAAUGGUCAAGAAAUAGCAGUGAAAAGACUUUCCAAAAGCUCAAGGCAGGGGAUUGAAGAGUUGAAGAAUGAGGUUAUACUAAUAUCCAAACUCCAACACAGGAACCUUGUUAAGCUUUUGGGUUACUGCGGUGAAGGUGAAGAAGACAUGCUGGUUUAUGAAUACAUGCCCAAUAAAAGAUUGGAUGCAUUUCUCUUUGAUUCAAGAGAAAGUGCACUCUUGGAUUGGAACAAACGCUUUAAUAUUAUUGGAGGGCUUGCGCGGGGCCUUCUCUACCUUCACCGCGACUCUCAAUUGAGGGUUAUUCAUAGAGAUCUCAAAGUAAGCAACAUUCUAUUAGAUGAAAACAUGAACCCGAAAAUUUCAGACUUUGGCAUGGCGCGGAUAUUUGAAGGGAACCAAACAAUAGCAAAUACUAGUAGGGUGGUUGGCACAUUCGGUUAUAUGUCACCAGAGUAUAUAAUGGGAGGAACAUUUUCAGAAAAAUCUGACGUCUUUAGUUUUGGAGUGUUGAUGCUAGAGAUAGUGAGCAGUAAGAGGAAUAAUAGCUUUUAUGAUCCCGAACAGCCUUUAAACCUUUUACUUCAUGCUUGGAGACUCUGUAAUGAAGGCAAAUGGUCAGAGAUUAUCGACGAAGCUUUGGGUGAUUCAUAUACUCCAUCAGAAGCUGUGAAAUGUAUUCAUAUUGGGCUGUUAUGUGUUCAAACUAGAGCAGUAGAUAGGCCAACAAUGGCCGCAGUGGAUCUCAUGCUUCGCAGUGAAACUGAUCGGCCAACUCCCAAAGAACCUCCAUUUGCCUCCUCAACCUCAUCAGAUAAGUCUAGAUUCUUACAAAUUUACUGCUCGAAUAACAGUCUCACUCAAACUGCGGUUGCAGGUCGAUAACAUUUCCUUUCAUCUGCAACGCAAGUCUGCAAUUCUUGAAAUUUAUGCAAACUCAAUGCCUGACUUGAUUUUUACUAAAUUACUUGAGAUAAAGGAUUUCUGGCAUAAAUGUGUCAUGUGGAUUUGUGUUGCUUUACAAGCAGAACCUUUCUUGCUAGUGACAAAAAGAACCGAAAAUGGUCUCCUAUUGUUUGUUAGUCUGAAAGAUAAAUAGAUGCAUAGAGCUGACCACUUACUUAUAAGUAACUAGAAAAUUAGUGUUGGAAUUUAAUUCUACUCUGGGCUGCCAUUUCCCAUAGAGACUGGGUAAUUAUCAAAGCGCCCCACAGGUACUGCAAUCGAAUUGCAUCCAUUCCGAAUGAGGAAGAUAUGUAGUUGUAUGGCCAUCAAAAGCUUUGAAGCAAAUACUAUUAUUCUCCCAAACACUGUGACACG